AUGGAUACAUUAAUCCGCGAAAAUAAAGUGCAUGCACGUCUGAUCAACAAUGCACUGCUCAACUUUAAAAAAUUGGGGAACGCGAAUCACACUCCUGCAGUGAUUCGCAGUCGGAUCAACCUGCUCAAGGAUUACUGGGCCAAAUUCCAAUCAACGCAAGUCCAGAUCGAGGUUGCAGCAACGGAGGAGGACACCAGGGCGAAUCCCUACUUCUCCAGCGACGUCUUCGGGGAUACGGAAGCAGCUUUCCUUGCCGCCCUCGACGCUAUGACGGCAGCCUUACCGACGGACUCCGAACCUGCAAGUAACCCAUGUAAUACGAGUACCGCUUCUUGUAAUCGCGAAUCUGCACUGUCGGUCAAGCUUCCUCGCGUCGAAUUACCUAAAUUCUCCGGGGACUAUACGGAAUGGGAAAAUUUUCGAGACCUCUUUCAGUCUUUAGUUGGCUCUAACGACGCGUUACCGGAGGUGCAAAAGUUGCACCAUCGUAAAUUAAGCUUAAUUGGUGAAGCGUCUCUUCUAUUAAAAAACGUUUCCACUUCCGCGGCGAAUUACGAGGCAGCGUGGAAACUAUUGACCGACAGGUACGCGAACGAACGCGCGCUCAUAACCGCUCACCUGAAAAUGUUGUUCGACUCACCCCCGAUCGGAUCCGCAGUUCUAAGCGAUUUAAAAAGCUUACGCGAUAGAUCUCGCGCCGCAUUAACGGCCUUAAAAAACAUGGCUCGCCCGGUCGAAUACUGGGACGAUGUUCUUGUUUUUCACUUUGUCCGCAAGUUGGACAAGGAGUCCCAUCGGGAGUGGGAGUUACGCAUGGGUGAAGAGGAAUUGUUCCCAUCCCUCGCGGAUUGGGAGGCGUUCCUCAAUGUGCGAAUUCGAACUCUGGAAUCGUUGGCGUCAUCCCGCGGAGAAGGAAACAGCGCCUAUAAAAAUAAAUCAGCGCCUAUUAAAACGUGA